AUGCUCAACACAAGAGGGCCCAAACAGGAGCGGAGAAUGUUGCUGAUGAGCGUGGUAAAAUCGCAAAUAUUGUACGCAGCCCAGAUCUGGGCACCGGCCAUGGAUGUCGAUAGCUACCGUCGCCUCAUCAGUCCGACGUAUCGACUCUGCGCUCUCAGAGUCUGUAGUGCCUUUAGGACUGUUUCGGAGGAUGCAGCAUUGGUAAUCGCCCAUCGACAUUAUGGCAUUCCGAAGAGUGUCGCCAAAGCAGACGCUAGAAGGCUCAGUUUGAGGAAAUGGCAGGACCGAUGGGACGCUGCCCCAAACGGCAGAUGGACGCACCGCCUCAUCCCCAACAUUGAGGCUUGGGUCGGUAGAAAGCACGGGCAGGUGAAUUUCUACCUCACGCAGGUGCUGAGCGGGCACGGCUGCUUCCGCCAAUAUUUAAACAGGUUCGGCCACGACCACUUCCCAACGUGUCCUGCGUGUCCUGAAGGAGCAUUCGAGGACGCCCUCCACGUUGCAUUUAGUUGCGCCCGCUGCAGUGCGGAGAGACAGAGGGCCGAGCGGGCGAUCGGCCAGACCCUAUCGGUGGCCAGCUUGGUACCCAGCAUGCUGGAGAGAAAGGAUAACUGGGCGGCGGUGAGCAACUACUUCGGAGCCAUAAUGCGGGAACUUAGGAGACUGGAGCGAGAAAGAGUCGGUUCAGCAUAG